AUGCUCAAACUUUAUAUUUGCGUCCUAAUAGCGCUGGGACGGGUUGCUAGCGGACUGCAGCAGGUUGGGUGUUUUUCGUCGCUUCCCUCGUCUUUUUCCGGGGGAUCGACUAACGAGUAUCAGUCGAGCGGGGCGUGUGCGCAGACAUGUUCUGGGUCGCAGUACUUCGCGUUGUACAACCAUAACAAGUGCUUUUGUGGGGACGAGAACCCCUCGGGGUCUGUUUCGAAGAGUGACAGUUGUAAUGCGUACUGUUUCGGGUACAGACAAGAGAUGUGCGGGGGUACAGACGCGUAUUUGGUGUAUGCAAUAGGAGGUGUGAGCAGCGGGUCCAGCAGCAGCAGCAGCAGCGGUGGUAGUUCUAGCGGUAGUGGAAGUGAGACUUCUACCAGUACUGGUAGUGGAACUGACAGUGAUGGUGCUACUUCUUCUGACGGUACGUUUACGAGUUCGAGUUCUGGCACGGGUUCCGUCACCAGCACCAGCACCAGUUCUUCUUCUUCUUCUUCCUCAUCUUCCUCAUCAUCCAAUGGACCCACCAGUACCACAUCCAACACGGGGACCUCGACUCAAUCAGAACCAGAGCCCAGUGUCGUGUAUUCAACAUUGAUCAAAACUGUAAGUGGGUCUGUACUGUACACUACGACUAAUGUCGCGACUGCGAGCGUCGCCUCGGGAAACACAGAUACGGGCAAAGGCUCGUCCUCACACGGGUCCAAGAAGAAGACCAACGUCGGGGCCAUCGUGGGAGGAGUCGUGGGAGGGGUCGUAGGGCUCCUGCUCAUCAUCCUGGCGGUCGUUUUCGCCAUUAGACACAUUUCCAGAAGAAGAGAAAACGAGCGCAUGGAGAAAGAGUACCAGGAGGCCAUCAAGCCCGUCGAGUACAACGCCCAAAAGGAGAACUAUUACGCAUCUUCGUUCUCAGACCACAUGCACACCGGCGACAGCGGCCACAGCAACCCUAGCCUGAGCGAGGGCAACGUUUUCCAAAACCACCAUACUCCGAUGGACGACAUGAGUCACGUGACACCAAUGACCGGAGGAACCGUCACACCGCUGGGCGGCGGCCCACCAGGCGGACCAAACACAGGACUCUCGGACCCACUGAGUAGCGGCGUCGUCGGCGGUGGUCCCGGUUCUGGUGCUGGCGGCCCUGGCGGCGGACUGGGAGUGGCAGUCCCUCCAGGAAUAUCCGAUCCGUUCGCAGACCCUAGGAGGUUCAGCAAUGGUUCCUUGCUGGACCCUUCACUGAACCAGGGCGAGCGCAACAAACUUACAAUUGUCAAUCCGGACGAAUGA